UCGCGCAACCCAAGGUCCAGUCCUCAGCUGGUUGAAGGUGUCUGUCGAGAAGACUCCUCUCGCCAAAGUGGCAAACUCCCCCGUUGCCAUGUCCCUCUUUCAAGCCCAAGCCCCUCCCCAAGCCGAAGCCCCGCGCGCUCCCACGCUGGCCGGCAAAACCGGACGGGUCCAGGCGCUCCCCACGCGGAGCCAGCACCUCGGAGCUUCAGGCCCCUCCACCCGGCCCGGCCCCGAAUCGGGCCUUCCUCCCGAGGCCCCACUGCAUCAUGGCCCGGGCCUGGCCCGACCUCGACUAGGCCUCACCCCCACUCAACCCUCAUUCGGGUGUCUCGCCCCUGUUGCCAUCCACCCAGGGUGCAUUUACAAGUGGCCCGGUUGA